AUGUAUGUGUAUCCUUCAAAAGAUGAGCCUCAACUGAUGGCUGAUUUGGAAAGUUAUGCUCGAGGAAUGAAAAAGAAAACUUUAUGCAGUUCUGUGCUUUUCCUGAUUACGGCAAAACUGAAGGUGGGGGAGAAGCUUUCCUCGAUGUUUGAGGACAUGAGAUCAGUUUUUAAAAGCCUGGAAUCGGGUUUUGUGAAAACUCUGACUAUUGAGGAGAAGCUUGGACUCAAAGGGAACGCAAAACUGUACGUGUGGGAAGGACUCACUGUGAAAGGGCUAAGAUCGCGUGGAGGUUCUGCACUUGUGGAGUUUCAGAUAUUCAAUAUGUCAAGCCAAAUGAAUUACGCUACACUUAUUAAAGACCAUAUCACGAUUGGACCCAACUAUGUUGACUGGAGGAGGAACAUUAAAUUGCUCAUAACUGCAGAAGACAAGACCAUUAAGGAUUGUGUAAAGGAUCCAAGUUUUGCUAAAGACAUGUUGGAGGAGUUCAAGAAGUUGUAUGACUCAGAUUUUCAAACUGACAAAGAUGACAGAAAAUCUCCAUCAAGAAUGGUAUUUGUUUUGAGAGGUGAUGCUAUAGUUUGGAAGAGUGUCAAACAGAAGUCAAUGGUCGACUCCACUACUGAGGCUGAAUACCUGGCAGCUAGUGAAGCAGUUAAGGAAGGGGUUUGGCUCAAGAAAUUCUUGACCGACCUAGAGGUGGUCCCUGAGCUCGUCGAGCAUCCCAUCAUGUUGUAUUGUGACAAUCGGGGAGCCAUAGCAUAA